CAAGGCUGAUAUAUAUCAAGGCCUCAUUCUUCUAAGCUUUUCUCAACAUAUCCAUCUCGAUCUUUCAGUCGUCUCUGCGCAAUUCACUUGAUCAAAGGAUGGCAGCCAAAAGGCUUCUUGAUGGAUCUGGUCGGGACCCAGCUGAACCGGAUGGCAAAAGGAUGAGAACACGACCUUCUUUUGCUGCUGUAAUUUCAGAAGUUGUGAUGGUGAAAUCGUUACAGAACUUCUGUUCAGCCUUGGAACCGCUGCUUAGAAAAGUGGUUAAUGAGGAGGUGGAGAAUGGGGUAAGACGCAGUGCACGCUUGCUUCAGAGGUCUCCUUCAUUGCAACUCCGAGCGCUUGAGCCAUCAAACUACAAACUGAGCUUCAGCAAUAAGCUCUCACUUCCAGUGUUCACGGGGAGCAAAAUUGAAGAUGUGGACAACAAACCACUUCAAAUCUUUCUCAUGAACACUGAAGGCGAUAGAGAGUUUCAGACUUCCCUCCCUCAACCCAUCAAGGUAGAGAUCGUGGUCCUCGAUGGGGACUUCCUUUCCGAUGACCGUGAGAAUUGGAGUGGUGAAGAAUUCAAUAACAAAAUUGUUCGAGAAAGAACUGGUAAGAGGCCGUUGCUCGCCGGAGAGGUGUUUGUAACCUUGAGGGACGGCUCUGCUUCGAUUGGGGAAUUGUCGUUUACCGACAACUCAAGUUGGAUUCGGAGCCGGAAUUUCAGGUUGGGUGCAAGGGUGGCUCCAGGGAGUUACCAAGGUGUUAGGAUACGUGAAGCUAAGACGGAGCCGUUUAUGGUUAAAGAUCAUCGGGGAGAAUUGUACAAGAAGCAUUACCCUCCGAUGCUGACCGACGAGGUAUGGCGUCUGGAGAAAAUAGGAAAAGAUGGGGCCUUCCACAAGAAGCUUAUCUCAGAGUCCAUUGGCACAGUCCAGGACUUCUUGAAGCUAUGGGUUGUUGACUCUGCCCAGCUUAGAAAUAUACUUGGCUUAGGGAUGUCGGACAAGAUGUGGGAGACAACCAUCAAACAUGCCAAGACGUGCCUCCUUGGCAACAAGCUGUAUAGGUUCCGUGGACCUCGGUUCACCUUAAUAUUGAAUCCUAUAUGCCAAGUUGUAGAGACAAUGCUCGACGGAAAGACGUACUCGGCUUGUGAGUUAACUCCAUUUCAUAGGGCACACAUUGAGCAGUUGGUUAAAAAUGCAUAUAGGCAAUGGGAUUCACUAGAAGAAGUUGAUGGACUACUCACUGAGAAUGCUUUAUUAGGUCCAGGUGAUAUGGAGGCCUAUUCCACUCGUCAUCAAAACAUUAUAAUGUCAAACCAGCAGAGUGAGUUUUCCACUGAGGCAUUCAUUGAGGUGGGCACCGUACCAAGCAAUCCAUUUUUGGCAUACAACAGUUGGCCACAAAACCCAACAUAUUUCACCUCGCAAAUUGAGAGCAGCAGUGCCUAUAACAUGUCAGAGUCCUCAUCUGAUGGCGAUUCCACACCUUCACUAGCUUACUUUAAUGGAGUCUAGUGCGACAAUGUACAUUUGUUACUUACAUGUGUUUGGGUACAGGCAUAGAAAUUAGAAUCCUCUUGGUAAGUCGCUGCCCCAUGGAGGAACAUUGUGGCUUUGGCGCAAGACAAAGUGACUUACUCCAGAGGAAUUCAUUUUCCUCCUCUCUGUUUGGUUUUCUGAUCUUCUGUUCAUCACUUAUCCAAAGCAAUGGCUGAAAGCCCAUGUAAAUGUUUGUAAUCAGUGUUUCUUUUACUGUUUUUUUCAAACAUUUUGGGAUAGAAAGACUUCAAUAGCAGCUAAUUGGAGUAAAGCACAUAUAUGGUGAUCUGUCUAAUAUCCCAAUCUUUGGUGGCAGUUAUCCUUUUAUAUAUCUCAUAUAUUUUCACGUGGGUCUAUAUUGUAUGCUGAACUACUUGUAUAAAGAGGAGAUAUCAUUGCAAA